AUGUAAAAACAUUUAGACUUAGUGUAAUUAAUGACUUAGCCAAAACUUGAAGCUUCAAAUCCUUGGUUGAUAGGAGGAAUCUUCAGAACACAGCUAUAGAAUGUACUUUAUAACAAAGAAGAAUUUAAAGACAUAGAUAAUGAAUUUACUAAUUUUGGAAGAUUUUGCAAUGAUGUUCUUUAUUAAUUAAGUGUUGAUUCAGAAUUGAAUCCUCCAAAAUUAAUAAAAUAAGAUGUUUAUGGGAAUGUAAUUGAUAAACUGGUUUUGAGUGAAGGUUGGAGAAAAGAAAAGGAAUAUGCAGCAAAAGUAUUGAACUGAUCUAAAUAGUGUGGAAUUGUAGCUAUGGCAUAUGAGACUAAACAUGGUAUUUGGAAUAGACUACUUUAAUUAUUGAGAUUGUAAAUGUAUUAACCUGUUUCUGGAUUAUUUGUAAGAUAAUAAUUGAUUCUUAAAUAAAUAGGGAUGUCCUUUGGCAAUGACAGAUGGUGCAGCUUAUUUAUUAAAAUAAUGGUUAAGCAAUCCAACAACUUAAUGUUAAGAAACAAUCAAUUUAGUCAAAUAAGGAUUCGAAAAUUUGACAUCAAGAGAUCCUUUAAAAUUUUGGACUUCAGGAUAAUGGAUGACUGAAAAAGAUGGUGGUUCUGAUGUUAAUAAUUCAACUACUACAAUAGCUAUACAUCAAGGUGGAAAUAAAUAUAAAUUGUAUGGCUAUAAAUGGUUUUCAUCAGCAACUGAUAGUGAAAUGACGUAUUAUUAUUAUUUAAUUGUUAGAUUGGCAUUGGCAAGGGUUGUUCCAGAAAAUAAAAUUGAAGAAUUUAAGAAAUUUCCUUUAUCUUUAUUCAUUAUGAGAGUAAAGAAGGAUGAUGGAACUUUAAAUAAUAUAAAGAUAAUGACAAUGAAAGAUAAAAUGGGCACUAGACAAUUACCAACAGCUGAAUUAUUACUUUAGGGAAGUGAGGCAUUUCUUAUAAGUGAAGAAGGCAAGGGUGUUAAAGCAAUUAGUCAUAUGUUAAAUGUAACAAGAUUGUAUAAUGCAUCUUCAGCAGUUGGAUCAAUGAAUAGACUCUACUCAAUAGUAGUCAACUAUUCAGUAAAGAGAAAAGCUUUUGGAAAGGUUUUGAUAGAGAAACCGGCUCAUUAAGCUAUGCUAACUAAAUUCAAUCUUAAUGUUAGAGCUUGUAGUUUAUUCUAUUUCAAAGUUGCCUAAUUAUUCUCUAAAAUUUAGAAUAAUGUGGCUACUAAAGAUGAGGAAGAAAUGUUUAGAAUUCUAACUCCAUUAUUGAAAUUAUAUACUGCUAAAAUCUGUAUGUAUUGGAUGAGUGAAGGAAUUGAAGCUUUAGGUGCAUUAGGAUAUAUGGAAAAUAGUUAUAUUCCAGUAAUGUUAAGAGAUGCUUAAGUACUUACAAUAUGGGAAGGUACAACAAAUGUUUUAUGUUUGGAUUUCUUACGGGCUCUAAAAUCAAAUGAUAAGAAUGAUUCUCUUUAAAAAUUAGAUAUAUAUGCAAGAUUUCAUACUCAUGUCAUGAUGACUUAAUUAUCAGCAGAUACAUAAUUACCAGAAACUAGAAAAUCUUUCAUUCCUUACAUUGCCAAAAUGACUAUUAAUCAUAACGGAGUUGUGGCUGAAUUAUCAAAUAUUUUAAAAGGAAAUGUUAAGUACUCAGAAAUGAGAAUUAGAGAUCUAUGCUUUAUGUAUCUAUAUUAUUAUUUAAUUAGAUUAUGUGAAGCAUUUAUAGGAGGAUAAAUGUUAGAAUUGAUUUCAAAAAAUGGAAGAGAAGAAGAUAUUCUUACUUUUGAAUUGUGGGUUGAGUAAAUGUAAUAAUAUACAACUACUUGGUCCAUUACACCAAAAGCUUUUGAAGUGCUUGUUAACCAAAAUAUGGUCAAACCCAAAUUAUGAUAUAUUAAUACAUUUCUUAAUAUA